AUGUCGCAGACUGUCUCACAGGAUGAAAUAGCUCAAUCAAGUUGCCUUAAAGGACCUAGUAAGGUUUUGCUGUUUAAUGACAGUCAAAACAAGACUACAAAUGUGAUUGACUUAGGUGAAGAGCCGUUUACAGCCAAAGCUAAACUUUAUCACCAUGGAAUACAGACGCCAGCUUCUUUGGAUUAUUUUCCUGAAGAGGACAGAGUGUAUUAUUCGGAUAUUCGACAGGGUAUGAUCCUUAGUGUCUUCUCAAAUGCAACUUCCUUAAAAGUGUUGUUCAGUUGCAAUGUAAUAAAACCACUUGGUUUGGUCAUCGACAAGCCUGGCAGAAAUAUUUUUUGGACCGACGCGGGAACUAGACGUAUCGAAGUGGGUCGUCUCGAUGGAAAGAAAAGAAAACUGCUGAUAGAAAAGGGGAUCGAACAACCUGCAGCUAUGGUUCUCGACAUACCGCGAGGACUUCUUUAUUGGACUGAUUUGGGAAAAAAUCCAAAAAUUGAAGAAGCUGCAAUGGACGGAAGCAACAGACGAGUGAUUGUGAGUGGAAACUUAGGUACUCCAACAGGAAUAACUAUAGAUCAUUCGUUGAGCCGUCUAUUCUGGAUUGAUGCUAAUUUGGAUAGGAUUGAAGAGUUUAGUCUUAAAACUAGACAACGGAAAGUCUUACUUGCAUUAAAAAUUGGCGCUUUCGGUUAUGGGCUGACAAUUCAUCAGGAUUGGCUGUAUUGGUCUGAAUGGGAAACCAAACGUAUUUCACGAGCUUCGGCCAAUGGUAGCAAUAUGGAGAUCAUGGUUACCGGACUCAAGAGACCAAUGGACGUGUUGGUCUAUGAUCCUGCCUUUACCAUAAGCAGCAGUUGUUCCUUGAAAAAUGGAUUAUGUAGCGAUUUUUGCUUGUUAAACCCGGCGGGAUAUCAAUGCAGUUGUCCAAUAGGAGUCCCUCUUCUUCAAGAUGGAAAAACAUGUGAUCAUGAUUUUUUUAAUGAAGCAAGCUCGGACAAUUUUCUUUUGAUUGCUGGUUCUUAUUCCGCUAAAAUAUACAAGAUACCACUCGCAGAAACAACUGAAAGGUCGUGCAGCCCUUUGGAUAUUAGGAGUAGCAUCACAUAUCCGAUCGCUCUUGAUUAUGAUCCAUUGGAAGGUAGAGUUUAUUGGACUGAUGGUCGAUUAAAAGCCAUUGUUCGAGCGUUUCUUGAUGGGUCUUCCGUAGAAGUAAUUGUGCGAGAAAAUAUCCGGACCCCAGAUGGCAUAGCAAUCGAUUGGGUGGCAAGAAAUCUUUAUUGGUCGGAUGCUGGAACGAAAAGAAUAGAAGUUUCAAGACUUGAUGGAUCAUCUAGAAGAAGCCUUAUUACUAGAGACAUUGACAAACCUAGAGCAAUUGCCCUUAAUUUUGGAGGAAGCACGAUGUUUUGGAGCGACUGGGGAUCAAUGCCAAAGAUUGAGCGUCUUAACAUGGAUGGCACUGGAAGGGUUGCGCUAGUGAGCUUUAAAUAUGCCUGGGUGAACGCACUCUCCUUAGACACCGAAAAAGGACACCUAUACUGGUUUGAAGCCUUGAUGAGAAAAGUGGAAAGGAUUAAUUUUGACGGAAAAAAUCGUCGAUUUAUUAUCUCAUUCCGCCAUGCGGUAAAUCUUUUUCCAUUUUCAUUUGCCGUUCGAGGAGAAAUUAUUUAUUGGACUGAUUGGUCCAAAAAAGGGGUGGCUCGGUACAAUCGCACCUCAAAUCAAGGUGAGCUGGUCUGGAGAGGCUUAGCAAGACCAAUGGGCUUGUAUCUCCAUGAUUCUCAAAAGCUGUAUCAAGGGACAAGUAAAUGUUCACAUUUAAAUGGAGGAUGCAGUAACCUUUGCCUACCAAACCCUAGUGGCCGUCAGUGUUCCUGUCCUGAAGGAGUCAGAUUUGUACUUGGAGACCCACACACCUGUGAAGGCGCUGUGAAGUGCCCUUCCCUUGCAACACCUGCAAAUGGCAUCCGACAGGGCUGUCAGGGAAAUACCACAGAGGACUACUUAACCACUUGUAGCUUCGCGUGUUCUACUGGAUAUUACGGCUCUGGCUCUAAAGUUAGGAAGUGUUUACGAAAUAGCAGUUGGAGUGGGCAUGAAUUUACAUGCCAAGCUGUCAGAUGUGGCCCUUUAAAAGUACCCGUAAACGCACUUCUUGUCACUCCAUUUUGUGGAAAAACCUUCGGAGCAUAUUGUGUACUUGGCUGUCGAUACGGAUAUGCAAGCAGAAAUGGAAACGUCACUAGAUCGUGUUCCCCAUCGGGCAAAUGGAUUGGGCAGGUUAUAAAUUGCAGAGAUGUAACUCCUCCAUCAUUUGGAAACACCUGCCCUUCAAGACCACACCUCGUAUUUGCAAGAGUGAAUGACUUCUCGGCUGUUGUGAAUUGGAUGGUACCUGUUGCCAGAGACAAUUCUGGCAAUCAUCCCAAGAUGCUGGCAAAUUUCAAGCAUCCUCCACAAAGGUUAAUGGAAGGCACUCAUCUGAUAAUCUAUAGUGCAACAGACACUUCAGGGAACAAAGCAACAUGCAGCUUUGUUAUCAACGUCACAGUAAUUUACUGCAAAAAGCUGAAUAUCCCACCUGAAGGUCCUUUACGCGUUAGUGACUGUGGCUACCACAAUGGAGCUCAGUGUUUGUUUUCGUGUGCAAUUGGUCAUCGCUUACGAGGUUCGUCAGCCAGUAGGUGCAUAUCUGUUGGUGAAGGACCCUCAGGCAUUUGGAGUAACCCUCUACCGUCCUGUGAAGCUAUCAAGUGCCAGUCUGUCCCUUCACCAAGAAAUGGCAGAAAAACUGGAUGUUCGGGUAACACUACAGAGCUUUAUGGCGUACGAUGUAGUUUCUCGUGUACCGUCGGCUUCCGUCUGUUUGGCUCUGUAUCGAGGCACUGCUUAGAAAACGGAAGUUGGAGUGGACAAAACACCACUUGCAAAGCCAUUGAAUGCGAGGCUCUAGUUCCUGCCAAAUAUGCCACUGUUUCACCAUCUUCGUGCCUUACAAGGAGUACGUUCGGCCAAGAAUGUUCUUUUUCCUGCCAGGAAGGCUUUACACUUGAAGGAACGGCAUCCAGAUUGUGUUCCUUCUUUGGAAAUUGGACUGGAAAAAACGACACCACUUGCAAAGACUUUACUCCGCCAACGUUUAAAGACUCGUGCCCCGGCAAUUUGGUAUUUUACACCGAUGCGUGUCAAGACAGGGCCACCGUGUCAUGGCCAGAGCCAGUUGCUACUGAUAAUUCACAAACCGUGGAUAUGACGUAUCCUACAAUCAGGCCUCCCAUUAAACUCACAGUCGGUCUCUAUAAGAUACUCUAUUCAGCAAAGGACACAAGCGGUAACAAUGCAAAUUGCAGCUUUGUUGCGCAGGUUGCAAGAAUUUCAUGCCCUAAACUUCAGCCACCUUUGGACGGGACCAUAACUUCAACUUCAUGUGACUUAUUUAUGGGAUCGACUACUUCGUUCGCAUGUAAUCUAGGCUAUCAUCUUGCUGGAUCGAGGACGCGGUCUUGUCAAUCAAAUGGCACUUGGUCUGGAAACACAACGUUUUGCAACAUUGUUAAAUGCCCUGCGAUAAAAGUACCUGUUCAUGGAGAUGUAAGUCCACAGGUCUGCAAAUCAGUGUCUGGCGUACAAUACAAGACGAGAUGUCUUUUUACAUGCGAUUCUUUGAACGGCUACAUGCUAGAAGGUCCAAACAAUGUUUCUUGUCAAGAGAAUGCCUCAUGGAGCGCAGACGAAAUGGAAACCGUCUGCAAAGACAUCCAGACACCGAAAAUCCAGUGCCCUUCAAAUAUCGUGGUUGAUGCUGAAACCAAUAAGUCAUAUGCAAAGGUUAAUUGGGCUGUUCCAGUUCCAACUGACAAUUCCAACACACCCAUAAAGGCUGUCGGUUUGUAUCCACCACAAAAGAUAAAAGCGGGUCGAACAGAGAUAACUUACUACGCAACAGACUCUUCUGGGCUUAGCACACAAUGCAGAUUUACUAUUCUUGUCAAAGACACACAGCCACCAAGAUUUCUUUCAUGUCCGAGUAAUAUGCAGAUAGUUUCUGGGAAGAGGUGGAGUGAGAUCGCAUUACCUCCAAGUUAUCAUACAGAUAACGUCGGUGUCGUUUUAUUUACCUCUAAUAUUCGGAACGGUAGCGACCUACAAUGGGGAGAAUAUAAGAUCAUAUACACCAUUUCAGACGAGGCUGGAAAUACUGCGAAUUGUUCUUUUCAUAUCAACAUAGCUGGAUCUUCGUGUGAAGAUUUACCAGCACCAUUAAAUGGAGCGAAGGCUUGCGAAACUUGGCUCGUGGGAAUGCACUGUACUGUUCAUUGUAACAAAGGAUAUGGUUUUGCUACGGAUCCUCAAAAGUUGUAUUUCUGCACUCCCACAGGGCGGUGGGUUAAUGCAAGAGUUAAAGGAAAUGAAAAGCCCCACCUUCCCGAUUGCUCGAAGAAGCAAAACCCGACGGAUGUCCGCGUUGAAGGAAGGGUCCAGUAUCUUACGGACAAGUGUGACGGAGAAGAAAGUAAGAAAGUUGUGGCAAAGAAUUUUAUAGCUCUGUUUAAGCAGCACCCGAUCGGCCUUUUUGGCGGCUGUCUCCGCAAUGACAAGUGCAAGAUUGAAAACGUGAGGGUUGAAUGUGGAACAAGAACAAGCUCGCGAAAAAGGAGAGAAAUUUUCAAAACAAAGAAACCUCCAAAAACUUAUCUUCGGGUGGAGUUCACUGUUACUGUGCCACUAACAAAUACCUCUAAACAAGAAUUAAACAAAACUACUGACGAGAUUUCUCAAAACUUUACGUCCGACCUAAAAAACAUGGACCUGGGCAUAAAUAUUAGUGGGGUUGAGAUGACGCUUGACAAGACCAUACCGCCUGUUAUCGCUGUCCAAGAUUAUGUCUGUGACAAAGGACAAGUGAAAAUCGGGAGCCAUUGUGUUAACUGUCCGAUGGGCCAUUUUUACAAUGACAAAGAGGAUGUAUGCGAGAAAUGUCCUGUCGAUUACUACCAGGAUAAAGAAGCCAAGUCUUCGUGUGUUCCUUGUUCUAAAGGAACUUCCACCCUGGGACAAGAGGCAUCAAAAUCAAGAAAGGAAUGUUUAGAAAGCUGUCAAGCCGGCCAUUUCUAUGAUUUCGAUAAAUCUUCCUGCCAGAAAUGUCCUGUGAAUCAUUACCAGGGUCGAAAGGCCCAAGUUUCCUGUGUACCUUGUCCUAAAGGAACGUACACUCGCGGAAGGGAAGCCUCCAAGUCACGUCACGAUUGCCAUGGCAAGAAAUGUUUUGUAAAAAAACCACCCAAAAAUGGGGCAAUUGCCUGCACAACCUGGUCGCUUGGACGCUAUUGUACACCAUUUUGUAACAUCCGUUGGGAUUUUCCUAGACCAGUGAGUGUGUUUGGGGUUUGGUUUUGCAAUGAGAGAGGAAUAUGGGCGCCUAAACACUGGCCUAAUUGUUCAAUGCCAUACCAGCCAAAUACAUUCAAAAUGGCGGGUGGGAUGAAUUAUUACAACGGGGAUUGCAGAACCCCUGAAGCGAGGUCACAAAUACAGCAGCAGUUCAUACAGGUACUGAACUCAUCAGUGUUUCGAAUGGUCUGCCAACUUCCUACCUUUCGUGACAAGUGCAAGGCUGGGAAUGUCGACGUUGAGUGUAUUGACGAUGACAGUAGCAUUCACACUAAAACGCCAAAAGCAGCACAGCACUAUGCCAGAAAUGUCCAGUGGAUCAUUACCAAGGUAAAAGAGCCCAAUCAUCUUGCAUUUCGUGUCCCAGAGGAACGAGCACUUUGGGAAAAGAAGCCUCUAAGUCACGCUAUGCGUGCCGUGAAAAAUGAGGGCACUGCCAAUCCUACAGCCUCUGGAACUGAGACCACCAGAACCAUAUAA